AUGUUAAAUGCCGAUAUUGUAAUUAAAAUACAUAACAAGGAACAGGAUAAUGUAUAUGUGCAAUUAAAUACUAAGGAAAAGCAAGACAUUUUAAAAAAUCGUUCAUCUUUGAAACCUAUUAUUCAGACUAUUCGAUUGUGCGGAAGGCAACAGAUUGCAUUAAGAGGGCAUGCAGACUCUGGACGAAUUGAAAUUAAUGAACCUACUGAGAAUGAUGGAAAUUUUCGUUGUCUCCUACGAUUUAGAGCCAAUAAUGGUGAUAUAGUUUUAAAAGAGCAUCUAGAAAUGAGUGAUUUGAAUGCUAUGUAUACAAGUCCUCAAAUCCAAAAUGAAAUAAUUACUAUUUUUGGAGAACUAAUUCAAUCUGAAAUAGUUAAACAAAUAUCAAAAUCCAGUUUUUUUUCUGUUCUCGCCGACGAGACAACUGAUAUUAAUCAAAUUGAACAAUUUUCAGUAUGCAUAAGAUACCUAGAUGAAGAAUCAAUGAUAGUUCAGGAAAACUUUUUAGCAUUUAUUUCUGUUCAGGAUGUAACAGGAGAAGGUUUAGCUAACACUUUACUAGAAACAUUGAAAAACCUUGGUUUAAAUUUAGAAAAAAAUGCGUGGUCAAGGCUAUGA